AUGUUCAAUGGAGUCGUCAAAACACUUAGUAGCGUACGAUAUGUGCCAAAACUGAAGAGGAAUUUGAUUUUGUUGAGUACUUUUGAUUCAAAAAGGCACAAGUACAUAGUUGAAAGUGGGGUUCUGAAUAUUAGCAAGGGUUCCCUCGUUGCGAUGAAAGUGCAAAGAAAUACUACCAAGUUAUAUGUUUUGCAAGGUUCAACUGUUACUGGUGAUGCAACCGUCGCUUCCUCUUCAUUGUCAGAUGAUGAUGUUACUAGACUUUGGCAUAUGCGUCUAGGGCAUGUGAGUGAGAAUGGUAUGGAAGAAUUGAACAAAAGAGGACUUCUUGAUGGACAAUGCAUUAGCAAACUAAAGUUCUAUGAGCACUACGGUUUUGGGAAGCAAAGGAGAGUUCAAUUUACCAGAGGAAUCCAUAACACGAAGGGAACUCUGGAUUAUAUACAUUCUAAUCUUUAG